UGGUUCUUCGUGGUUUUCGUACGGAAGUAGAAUCUGUCGAUUUUAUUACCGGUAGCAACCAGCAGUCUCACUAAAAGUUUACAAUGGGUAAGGAGAAGAUUCAUAUUAACAUUGUCGUCAUUGGACAUGUCGACUCUGGCAAGUCUACUACCACUGGUCAUUUAAUUUACAAAUGUGGUGGUAUUGACAAACGUACCAUUGAGAAAUUCGAGAAGGAAGCCCAGGAGAUGGGUAAAGGGUCUUUCAAAUAUGCUUGGGUAUUGGACAAAUUGAAGGCAGAACGUGAACGUGGUAUCACCAUUGAUAUUGCCUUGUGGAAAUUUGAAACUUCUAGAUACUAUGUUACCAUUAUUGAUGCUCCUGGACACAGAGAUUUCAUUAAAAACAUGAUUACUGGUACAUCUCAAGCUGAUUGUGCUGUAUUAAUUGUUGCUGCUGGUACUGGUGAAUUCGAAGCUGGUAUUUCGAAGAAUGGACAAACUCGUGAACAUGCUCUGCUCGCUUUCACUCUUGGUGUAAAGCAGCUGAUUGUUGGUGUUAACAAGAUGGACUCUACUGAACCACCAUACUCUGAAGCUCGAUUUGAGGAAAUAAAGAAGGAAGUGUCGUCUUAUAUUAAGAAAAUUGGUUACAACCCUGCUGCUGUUGCAUUCGUGCCAAUCUCUGGUUGGCAUGGAGAUAAUAUGUUGGAAUCUUCUUCCAAAAUGCCUUGGUUCAAGGGAUGGGCUGUUGAACGUAAAGAAGGUAAGGGAGAAGGGAAAUGUCUUAUCGAAGCUCUCGAUGCCAUCCUACCACCCUCAAGACCUACAGACAAGGCUCUCCGUCUUCCUCUUCAGGAUGUAUACAAAAUUGGUGGUAUUGGAACAGUACCAGUGGGUCGUGUUGAAACUGGUUUACUGAAACCAGGAAUGGUCGUCACAUUUGCGCCUGCCGGUCUUACCACUGAAGUAAAAUCCGUUGAAAUGCACCACGAAGCUUUGCAAGAGGCUGUUCCUGGUGACAAUGUUGGUUUUAACGUCAAGAACGUAUCUGUCAAAGAAUUGCGUCGUGGUUAUGUAGCUGGUGAUUCAAAGAACAAUCCACCUAAAGGCGCGGCUGAUUUUACUGCACAGGUUAUUGUGCUAAACCAUCCAGGUCAAAUUAGCAAUGGGUACACUCCCGUGUUGGAUUGUCACACUGCUCACAUUGCUUGUAAAUUCCUUCAAAUUAAAGAGAAGUGCGACCGUCGUACCGGAAAGACCACUGAAGAAAACCCAAAAGCCAUAAAAUCUGGAGAUGCUGCCAUCGUCACACUCGUCCCCAGUAAGCCCAUGUGUGUUGAGGCUUUCCAAGAAUUCCCACCCUUGGGACGUUUUGCUGUUCGUGACAUGCGUCAAACGGUGGCUGUAGGUGUCAUCAAGGCUGUCACUUUCAAGGAUGCUACGGGCAAGGUCACCAAGGCUGCAGAGAAGGCCCAGAAAAAGAAAUAACUAGUUUCCGUACAUAUGUAUCCUCAGAUGGGCGUCGGCGUAUAGUAGUUAAAGUAGUUUAUUUUCUUUUUUCACGUUCCUCACACGAGAAUAGUGGUACAUUGUUGGCAUCACAGACUGCAAUAUUUUCUACGAACUCGCAAUCCACGAUUAAGAAUAAUAGGAUCGAUAAAGAACCGCGACGACUCGCUUUUCGUGCACAUGAAAUAGCAUGUUCGCCACAUUUCUUUAACAUUCGCAUAUUCCGUUUAUCGAAGUGGUUGCUACGUCAUUUUUCCCAUCGUAAAGAAUUUCGUAGGAAAGGUCAGCGGUUGAGUAAUGAUUAGCAAGAAACCUACUUCUCGUUUGCACGAGUUCCAUGAAAAAAGAAUGUAAACUACGAGUACUACUUCUAACAUCCGUUUCACAACAUCAACAGACAUCAUAAUUUAGCUCGGCUUAAUUAUAUUUUCUAAUUAUUAUACGGAAAUAAAUCUUAUAUCUGCGAUAUUCGAGGAACUGCAUUAUUUUUUGUCGCAGUUAUCACUAAUUAAUUGUUAUCCUUAUCGUAAGAAUCUUUCGUAUUUACAGUACUAUUCCGUGAAAAAAUUAUUUCAGCAAAAGAAGUUGUUUUAAUUGGCACUUGACGUUCUCAUCGUAAAUCGUAUACGUCGACGCAAAAAGGUAAUCAUUGAGAAACAAAAGAUUGGUAGUUCCAGUACAGGUUUAGUUUGGAAAUGGGACCUGUUUUUAGUCUUGCUUUUCAAUUACCUGACUAGAUAUGGAAUUGAAUUGCUGAAGAUAUAUACACAAAACACUUUUCUACGAUAUAUUUCUUUACAAGAAUUUACCUUGCCUUUUUACAUGCUCUUAUAUAUUAAAAGGAAGUAUUUACCAAGAUACGAUUGGUCUGCAAAAUGAUUCAGUACUUUUAGCUCGUGUUUCUCUUACGAUCGAGAUUGAUUAACAUCGGUUUUCUGUACAUACCUACAUAAAACAGUAAUAACAAGUGAAAGUGAAUAAAAGGAGCUGCGGAAACAA